AAAUGAAAGCCAGAAAGUUAACAUCACUUUCCUUCCUUUCAGUACAGACUUUAGAGAAAGUAAAUAUUACUUCUGCUGUAUGGGUGAUAGUGAGAUUAAAGUGAAUUGCAGAGUCCAGUGAUAGGUUUUUCUGACAUCAUAAUGAGUACCUUAGCAACAGAUGAAGCAGAAACACAAUAACAAUAGUCCUGUGAGCUCAGAUCUGCCUUUUGCUGGCUUAGUGAAAGAGCAGCGUGUUGAACUUCUUGACAUCUAAGGCUUGAGGUAUUCAGAAGCAAGCCGAUCUUGUGCUCCUAGAGAGUUCAGGGUCCUGAGCUGGAGCCCCAGUCUUAAAAUCUUGGGGGAGGGUUUCCCCCCCCAAAUCCUUACCUCUGGUUCUUCCAGGAUUUCAGUUCAUCUUGCACCAUUUAAAGAGGGCCACAGGUUUUUUGUUGAGGAGUAUUGUCAACUGCUUUGGAAAUAGUUUUGAUGGAGGUUAUUAACAAUUGUAAAUCUUGUAGAAUUCACUUGGUGUGGUGAAUUCUAAAAGAAGACUUGGCUAAAAAAUUGUGAAGAAGAACUCACCAUGGGAGAUUGGAAAGCCUACAUCAAUACAAUCCUGAAGGACAAGAACAUUGAAGAUGUAGCUAUUGUGGGACACUCGGACAAUAAAUGUGUCUGGGCGUCUAAGCCAGGAGGCCUGCUGGCAGCUAUCUCUCCUCAGGAAGUAGGACUGAUCACUGGGCAGGACAGAAAAGCGUUCUUGCAAACUGGAAUCACCAUAGCUGGGAAGAAGUGCAGUGUAAUACGUGACAACCUCUUGGUAGAAAAAGACGCCGUGAUGGACACUCGAACAAAAGGCGGUGACAGCAGGUCCAUCUGUAUUGGAAAGACUCCAAAAGCUCUCAUCUUCGUGAUGGGCAAAAAAGGAGUCCACGGAGGAGCUCUUAAUAAGAAAGUCCAUGACAUGAUAGCGAGCAUGAAAACAAAAGGCAGCUAGAACUGGGGCUUGCUUGAGUUGCUUUUCUCCUGGAUCAAGCUCAUAGGGGAACUAUUGUUGCUUAGAAAUAAAAAGGGCAUUUAGCCGA